AUGGACCCGGCGGCGUGCCUCCAGCUGCUGACCCAGCGCGCGUGCCGCCCCUUUGCAAGCGCAAAGGAGGACUCGCUUCUGCGCGUUCCGCCCGACGCCGCUCCGCCGGCGCCGCAGCUGUCGCUCGACGAGGCGGCCAGCGCCGGCGAGCUGGUGCGGUUGGUGCUGCAGCAGCAGGAGCGGCGGGUGCUCGAGUACCGCCGCUUCGAGGAGGGCUUUGCGCGCUUCCUCGCUGCGCCCGACGCCGAGGGCUACCCCGCCCUCGUCGCCGACGCGACUGCCGCCUUUGCGACCAUUUCGGCCUGCGUGCGGGAGGCGGCGGCGAGGCUGGCGGCGACAAUGGCGGCGGGCGACAAUGGCGGCGGCUCGGGUGGUGACGGCGGCUCGGGCAGCGGCGGCAGCGGCGGCGGCGGCGGCGGCGGCGGCGGCGGCGGCGGCGGCGGCGGCGGCGGCGGCGGCGGCGGCGGCGGCGGCGGCGGCGGCGGCGAAGCCCUCGCUGCAAUUGUGCUGCGGCUGCAGCAGCUCGAGAAGGAGAAGCUGUCGCUCACUGCGCAGCUGCAGAUCACGAGGCAUGGCAUCGAGGCGCGGGCGGCCGGAGCGCUCGGCCGCCGUCAGGUGGACCGCCUGCGGGCGAGAGAGGCGGCCAUCGACGCGGAUGCAGUCGCGGACGCGAUCUUGGACGAGGGCGGCGAACCAUUCGGCGACUGCGGCGCUGCUGCUGCGGCUAGCCGCGUGGCGGCGCUGCGGCGCGAGGCGCGGACGCCACCUCCCGGGCGUGCGAGCGGGCGGGCGCGUCCUUGA